AUGAUUUUUACCUAUGCCCAAACGGCUGGAAAAGUCAACCAAAAGGUCACUUGCGCCAUUGAUAACAUCGAGCUACAUGACUGCGUGGGAACAACGACUCCAAAAGAAAGAAAAUGUGACUUCGAAGAUGGCUGGUGCACGUGGAAGAACAACAACACGUCUAACAACCAUCUGGCCUGGAUGUUAGGAGGUGAAUACUUCAAGACGACGCUCCUCAGGCCAAACCACGAUCACACUUAUGGCAAUGGAACAGGGUCGUACCUGUUCCUUAGCAACUUUGAGAGGAACACGGGAGAAAAAGCAGACCUGAUCGGAGAGGUACUUUUUUCCUCCGAUUCGAGAACACAGUGCGUCGAGUUUUGGUACGAUAUCAACGGAGACAAAGACACAACCCUACAGGUGCUGGCCGUAGAUACAACUGAUCAGUCACGGAAGGCCUCGCUACUGUGGACACAAAAAGGUUCUGACAAAAGCAGUUGGCUGAUGGGACAACUCGCUCCGCCCCAAUACAGCCGGGUACAGUGUCUAGAUCCGUAUCUUCCGCUGAUCUUUAUGAAGGCACAAUGA